GAGCCAAUGGCAGGCGGCGGAGAGUGACGUCACGGCCAUGGCGGCUGCGGUCAGCCAGCUGUGGGACGUGUCGAGCUGCUCUCUAGUCCCCGCCGGUGCCCCGCGACCGCGGCUGCUGUCUGAUUAGCGUUCGUCCCCUCGAGGCGGUGUGGCGGGCCCUCGGGGACAGUGAGCGUCAAGGCCAUGGCUUAUCAUUCGGGCUACGGAGCCCACGGUUCCAAGCACAGGGCCCGGGCAGCUCCAGAGCCCCCUCCCCUCUUCGAUGAUACAAGUGGUGGUUACUCCGGCCAGCCAGGGGGAUACCCGGCCCCAGGAGCUGAUGUGGCCUUCAAUGUCAACAACUUGUUGGGGGACCCAGUGGCCAACGUGGCUAUGGCCUAUGGCAGCUCCAUUGCAUCCCAUGGGAAGGACAUGGUGCACAAGGAGCUGCAUCGCUUUGUGUCUGUGAACAAACUCAAGUAUUUUUUUGCUGUGGACACCGCCUAUGUGGCCAAGAAGCUAGGGCUGCUGGUCUUCCCCUACACACACCAGAACUGGGAACUGCAGUACAGUCGUGAUGUGCCUCUCCCCCCUCGGCAAGACCUCAACGCCCCUGACCUCUAUAUCCCCACAAUGGCCUUCAUCACCUAUGUGCUGCUGGCUGGGAUGGCCCUGGGCAUUCAGAAAAGGUUCUCCCCAGAGGUGCUGGGGCUGUGUGCCAGCACGGCGCUAGUGUGGGUGGUGAUGGAGGUGCUGGCCCUGCUCCUGGGCCUCUACCUGGCCACUGUGCGCAGUGAGCUGAGCACCUUCCACCUGCUGGCCUACAGUGGCUACAAGUAUGUAGGGAUGAUCCUGAACGUGCUCACGGGGCUGCUCUUUGGCAGCGACGGUUACUACGUGGCCCUGGCCUGGACGUCCUCCGCACUCAUGUACUUCAUCGUACGCUCUCUGCGGACAGCAGCCGUGGGCCCUGACAGUGUGGGGGGCCCAGCACCCCGGCAGCGCUUCCAACUCUACCUGACCCUGGGGGCAGCGGCCUUCCAGCCCCUCAUCAUAUACUGGCUCACCUUCCACCUGGUCCGGUGACCCCGACUCCCUCUCAGCACACUGAUUUUUCCAUACAUUGAAGAUCUGAUUUC